UCCGCGCGAGCGUAGCUGGGCAGUGAGGCCGCUGCGACGCACCCGCAUUCUGCGGUCGGAGCCGCUGCGCGCUCGGCUGCGGCCGCGCGAGGCGCCUUUGCCUGGGAGCGAGCCGGGAAAAGCCCGGCCAACCCACGGGCCGCUCGGCCUCUGCCCGGGCCCCCCGGCCCCUGCCCGGGCCCCCAAGCGCCGAAGGACGGCGAACGGGGACUGAGGCUGAGCUGAGCUCUCCCGGGGAGGGGCGAGCGCGCCAGGGCGAGGUGGGGAGGGAGGGAAGCGUCGCGAAGCUCACGUCCAGCGGUGGAUUAUCCGGGCCAGUUUGCGUCUUGGGGCUGCGAAAUGCGCGAGGAGGACAAGGGCAUGCUCGGUGGUGGCGGCGGCGAUGCGGGCCUGGCCACUGCCGCGGCGCGGGGGCAAGUGGAGACGGUGCGGCAGCUCCUGGAAGCCGGUGCGGAUCCCAACGGAGUCAACGGCUUCGGGAGGCGCCCGAUCCAGGUCAUGAUGAUGGGCAGCGUCCACGUGGCCGAGCUGCUACUGCUCCACGGCGCCGACCCCAACCGCGCGGACCCCGACACCCUCACCCGACCCGUGCACGACGCGGCCCGGGAGGGCUUCCUGGACACGCUGGUGGCGCUGCACCGGGCCGGGGCGCGGCUGGACGUGCGCGACGCCUGGGGCCGCCUGCCCGUGGACUUGGCUGAGGAGCGGGGCCACCGCGAGAUUGCCCGCUAUCUGCGCGCGGCCGCGGGAGACUGAUGGCGGGGACACCCAGCCGCCCACAAGGACCCUUCCUUUUCUUCCCCAGAUCCCCACCCCAACUUAGUUCAGUGAAGGCUGCAAACGUGGAGCGGCAGAAGCCUGACAGCCUUCCAGGACGACUCACUCCCCGCGGGGAAGGAGGGGCAGACCGGGAAUAAGUUGUUUGGGGUUUUUUUCUUUUUUCUUUUUUUGUUCUGGAUCCCGCUGUCGACACUCACCGUGAAGCCAAACGCAGAGAGGUGAGGCAAAUGGAUUUCCAGCGAGAUUUCGGAGAGGAAUCUGAAGUUCCCAGGUGUCGUUUACUUUUCAGGGUUUUUCGGCAAAAAGCGGCAUCGGAAGAGAUCCUCGAACGACCCCGGGUACCUGCGGAUCUUCCCAGGCAAGACGCUGGGGACCGAGUGGGAGGAGGCGGUGAUUGGCGUUCGGGUGGGAGGCUGGUGAUGCGUUCGCCCCAGUGACCUUGAAGGAGCUCCGGUAAGACCCCACUUCCGGCGUUAGGCUCUGAAGGCUACGAGAACAAAGCUGAAGACGGAGGACCGGAGGACGCGGUGGAUGCGGGCGUCAGGAGGCGCCCGACGCUUUACACGCCGUGCCGUGCUGCAAGUCACGUGCACAACCAUACUUACUGGAAGCCCUAAGAGUCAUACCCAGCUCCACGGGAUAGUGACGGGGAAGAGAGCAUGCGGAAGCCGCCACGAAUUUGCACGCAUGUUUUAAAAUGCCCGGAUCAAGACGGUGCAGGACAGCUCUCAGAAAGGGGCUGGCGCUUGCUGUGUGUCAUUCAGUCGAGGCGAGAUUCGUGCGGCGUUUCUGCUAUCAACGCGCGGAAUGAAGUGGUGGAUUGUAGCGAGAGCAGCUGUAGCCGUUAACGGUAACGAUUUGCUUCAUCUCUAUACGAUAGGAUACAGAAACCCCCCUGUGAAUUGCCGCUUGAAAAGAUUGCCUGAUAUUUUGUACUUCUAAGUUGUUCUUCAGUAACAGUCUUACUUAAUGGGGAGACUUUAAAUAACAAAGUAACUCAUGGCCCGUGGUAAAGAGGUGAGGAACACCUACAGCUCUUAAAUGAAGCUAUGGGAUAGUGGCAACGACUAGAUUACUUGCAUCCUUAACCUAUUUAUUUCUUUGUUAAAUUUUCUGUUUCCUUUACUAGAGUGUCUCAGGGGGUCAAACUAUGAAAUAUUCCAAAUGUCUUUUAGAAGAUCGAAGCACUUACCCAGUAAAUUAUCUUGGGAUAUUUCCCAAAGAGUUGCUGAAAGAGUAGACUGAGUAUAAAACUCUUGAAAAUGUAUGACGGCUCAUGGGAUGUCUUAAUAUGUCUGACAAACUAAAGGUGCAUUGCUUUGGAAUUUAAUUUCCAGUGUUGCUUCAUUCCUUACUGCAUUGGAACAACUGAUACUUCACUCCUUUAAUAAAGAAAAAACAGAGAUUGGACUCCAAAAUGUGGGAAAUGUGGUUUAAUGUAUGUCCAUGGAUUUACCACUCACUCCUGAGAGAUAUUAAAGAUUCAGAGGGGUUCACUUA